AUGGGUGGCCCAGAUGUUUACCAGAGAUGGAUAGGCAAUUACUUCAAUGGCUAUGAACUCCACACACCAGAUGGAAAUGUCUGGAAGUUUGGCAAGAAAUUGUCCGAGCGAACCAACUUCUGCCCUGCAAUUUAUUCCAAAAGAGGGAUUGCAAUGUCAGAGGCCCAAGCUGUUUACUGUUGCCACCAGAUAGAGGGUGAUGCACCGGGGAUGGAGAUCAUCAUCAAAGUUCACCUGCAGGCGCCUCCCAAGCACCCCAUCAGUCGCAAUCCCGAGGUCCGCAGGCGCCUAGCAGAGGAAGAGCCCUUCACUUGGGUCACGCAAGAAGCUUCAUCGUUGAGACGCCUCAAUGACCUGGGCUGUCGGGUGACCCCCGAGCUCUUCCAUGUGGCAUAUACGCAGCAGUCGGACGACAUGCCCGUGCCGGACGGGUACCUGGUCUUCAUCAUGAUGGAGAAGGUCCCUGGGAUCUCGCUGGCUGCUUUUUGGGAUUUUGAUUUUGCCAAACGGGAGAAGAUCAGGGCUGCGUUUCGGGAAUCGUUGAGCGAACUGUAUCGAUGUCAUGCUAGCUCGCACGACUCACAUCUUGGGAAUCUCGUCUACGAUGAGGAGCGAAAUAAGUGCUGGAUUAUUGACUAUGAGCAUAUCUUUCUAAACGAACGCACACCGCCCCCGGGGUUCUACGAUGAGGAGUAUUUGUUAUGGGGCCUGGCAUACGAACGCGGCGGCAAAGAAUUACCCAACGGCCAUUACCCCGCCCACAGCCUUUCCAUCAUCCCGCAUUUCAACAGGAACGCCCAUCAGACCCGAGCUUCAAGACAAAAACUCGACAGCCAUCCAGCAAUGACCGCAGAACAACCCCCCGUCGACCCAUCUCCCUCUCCCGAUCCCACCGCCGAAGCCCGCACCGCCUUCCUCGCCUCCCUCAAAUCCGUCGGCUCCAACCUCGACACCGACCUGCGCGCCCGCGCCUCAACCCUCCACGAAAACGCCGCCAUCAUCCAGAAGCAAGAAGCGGAGCUGAAGCGAACGACCGACCAGCUCGCCAAGCAGGGCAACGAGCUGGAGAAGCUUGCCGACCAGGGCCAGCAGGGCCUGAAGGAGGUGGGCGACCUGCAGAACUGGGCUGAGAUGAUGGAGCGUGACUUGUUGAUUGUGGAGGAGUCGUUGAGGUUGGCGGAUGAGGAGGACCUGAAGAAUGGGAAGAUGAAGCCGCAGCAGGAGGGGAGGCAGCGGAAAAAACGCAAAAAUCGACCCAAAUAUAUCCAGAAUCUACUCCUCGAAAUCACCAUACUCCUCCAAGAAUCGUCUCCAAACUCCAAGUCCAUGCUCGUCGGGACUCUCGCCUUCACUUUCGUCGUCGAUCUCCAAUUCCGGCCACUCGUUCCACUCAUUCCACCGGCCCAGGCUCAUCAAGUGCCUCAUCGUCGGCCGUCCGUGCGGGCAAUUCCAUGGCUUAUCGAUCGUUCCCAUGUGUCGAACGACCUUCUCCAUCUGUUUGACCGUAAGAGUCUUGCCGAUCAUGAUGCUCGAUCGACAGGCACGCAUGGCAAACAUUUUGCGUACUUUACUCGGGCGGGGAACAUGGCAAUCCGCAGAUUGUGA